UCAGCUUUAAUAACGAAAUAAUUCAUGAUUUUCAGAGAGAACGGAACAUGGAUUGAUGUUCCAAAUGAGCAACAUAUUGGCAACAAAAAUAUGUAGGUUGGACAAGUCAGUCUCCCUGGACCUUUCAGUUCUUACCCUCCAUGAUUCUAAGACAUAUGGGUUCAUAUACACUGCUUCCCGUUCCUCUCUUAGCAGGUGCCGUUCCCUCUGGAGGGCUGGGAAGGGCCAAUGACAGUUCCCUGCUGGGUUUCAUCCUCCUAGGCUUCUCAGACCACCCUCACCUGGAGGCUGUGCUCUUCGUAUUUGACCUUUUCUUCUACCUCCUAACCCUUGUAGGAAAUUUCACCAUCAUCAUCAUUUCAUACCUGGACCCCUCUCUCCAUACUCCCAUAUACUUCUUUCUCAGCAACCUCUCCUUCCUGGACCUCUGCAUCACCACAAGCCUUGCCCCUCAGACCUUAGUCAACCUGAGAAGAUCAGAGAAGAUCAUCACUUAUGGAGGUUGUUUGGUUCAACUCUACAUUUCUUUAGCCCUGGGCUCCACUGAGUGUAUUCUCUUAGCUGUGAUGGCCUUGGAUCAGUAUGUUGCUGUUUGCAGACCCCUCUACUAUGUAGUUAUUAUGAACUCACGGUUAUACCAGAAGCUGGUAUCGAUCUCCUGGCUCAGUGGUUUGGCUAAUUCCCUGAUCCAUGCAACCCCCGCCUUGCAGUUGCCUGUCUGUGGCAACCACAGGCUGGAUCACUUUAUUUGUGAAGUCCCAGCUCUCUUCAAAUUGGCUUGUGUGGACACCACCAUCAAUGAACUGGUCCUCUUUGUUGUUAGUACCCUGUUCUUGCUGAUCCCAGCAGCACUCAUCCUCCUCUCCUAUGUCUUCAUCACUCAGGCAGUGCUGAGAAUCAAAUCAGUGGAGGUGAGGCACAAAGCCUUCAGGACCUGCUUUUCUCACCUUGCUGUGGUGAUCAUUUUCUAUGGCACCAUCAUAUACAUGUACCUGCAGCCAAGUAACAGCUAUGACCAGGACCAAGGCAAGUGUAUCUUCCUUUUCUACACCAUGGUGAUCCCCACCUUAAAUCCCAUCAUCUACACUUUAAGGAAUAAGGAUGUAAAGGGGGCUCUGAAGAGACUUCUCUCAGGGAAAUUGUGCUCCCUCGGGACAUGA